GUUACCCCACCAUAGCGUGUUCCUACGUCACCCAAACGAUAUACUUUGGUCACCUCAAUUCAAGAGCUUCAGCAACUUCUUCCAGGUCUUCUACUUUCGAUUCUACUCGCACGAAGUCUUUGGGUUGUUCGACAUGGCCAACACAACAGAUAAUGUAUCGUCCGAAGGACUGGACAUCAAGAAGAUAGCUGUGAUCGGCAGCGGCAGUAUGGGCGGAGGCAUGGCCCUUCUGUUCGCUGAGAAGGGCUGCAAUGUAUCACUUCAGGAUCCCUCAAACGAGGCAAUGGAUGGUAUCAUGGACCAAGCCAAAGAGGAAGGCUUCGGCGACCGCAUCAGCAAGCACAGCGACUACAAGUCACUGUGCUCGUCUCUUGACUCUCCCAAGGUCUUCGUCUUCAGUCUGCCUCAUGGUAGUGUAGGAGACGGUGUGCUUGGCGGUCUCAUGCCUUACCUCGAAAAGGGAGACAUCAUCAUCGAUUGCGGUAACGAGCAUUGGAAGAAUACGGAAAGACGACAGGGCAAGUGUGUUACCAGAGGUAUCAGAUAUGUUGGCUGUGGUGUCUCUGGAGGAUACCAAGCUGCUCGUCGUGGUCCAUCUAUGUGUCCAGGAGCUGACGACCAGACCCUGGACCUGGUUCUCCCUUUUCUGCGUAAAGUCGCGGCAAAGGACCCCAAGGGUAACCCAUGUGUGGGUCGAGCGGGUACUGGAGGCGCCGGUCAUUAUGUUAAAAUGAUCCACAACGGAAUUGAACACGGCAUGAUGAGCGCCAUUUCUGAGGCAUGGGGCAUCAUGAAGACAGGUCUUUCUAUGUCUGAGGAUGAGAUUGGCGAUGUUUUCGAGAAGUGGAACAGCGAAGGCGAACUGCAAGGUACCUUCUUGGUCAAGAUUGGCGCCGACAUUUGCAGAACCAAGGAUCCAAAGAAUGGCGAGCGUGUCCUAGAGACUGUCGAAGACAAAGUCGUCCAGGACGUCACUGGCGAAGAAGGUACCGGUAUCUGGUCAAAUGAGGAAGCCGUGGAAGAGCACAUUCCUGCACCCACGCUCAGUGCAGCCCAUUACUUCCGAUUGGCUUCAGCCGACCGCGCCCAGCGUACUCGCGCGCAAGAGGCAUUCGGCGGGGACUUUCCAGCACAGAAGCUUGACGUCAAGGAUAAGGCUGCAUUCCUGGAGGACCUUCGUGUGGCGACAUACACGGCAUGUCUUGCUGCAUACGUCCAGGGUAUCAACGUCAUCGACCGCAAGAACAAGGAAGUCCACUGGAACAUUAACUUCGCGGAAGUUCUGCAAAUCUGGCGCGCUGGCUGCAUCAUUCAGGCCGACUACAUCGCUUCCGUGCUUGAGCCCAUCUUUGCCGAGUUCCGCGAAAAGGACACCAUGAACUUGUUGUUCGAGAAGACGGUCGCCAAUGACCUCAAGAAGGGGCAACCUGCACUGAAGCGUGUCGUCGUAGAAGCAGUGAUUGGCGACCAUGUGAUUCCUGCCAUCUCUACUUCCUUGGAUUACAUCAAGUACCAAACUGGCUUGGAACUGCCAACACAGUUCUACGAGGCCGAACUGGACUACUUUGGCAAGCACAUGUAUGACAAGAAGGGCGAAGAUCCAAAGGGUGCUCCGACCACAGGAAAAUACCACUUUGAAUGGAAGAGAGCUUGAGGGGAUAUAAUGGGACGAUUGGUGGUAUGAGGAAUGAUUUAAAUAUGUACCAAAAUAGUAAUGACGUGACAUGAGCACAUCCGUCUUGAUACGUCACAAACUGACUAUGUGAAGUGGCUUUCAAUACCUAACAAACUUUGUUAGCUGUUGCUCUGACCGGGUUUGGUGUAUGAAGUGCAGAGAUG